AUGCCUUCCUUGCGAUUCUGUGGUGAAUGCAACAAUCUUCUUUAUCCCAAGUCCGAUAACAACGCGAAAAUCCUCCUAUAUCAAUGUCGAAACUGUCAAUAUGCGGAGAACGCUCAGCCUGAUCCUGGGAUGGCACCUUGUGUGUAUAAGAACGAUCUAUUGACCAUUGCUAGGGAACAAGCGGGCGAGACCAAAGAUUUAGAAACGGACCCAACCCUUCAACGAUCAAAUAUCGAAUGUCCGAAAUGCUCUCAUCACGAAGCCGUAUUCUACCAGGAUCAAGCUAGGCGAAUAACGACCAAUAUGACAUUAUUCUAUUACUGUACGAAUUGUAAAUACUCAUUUAGGGAUCCUAAAGUCAAGCAUCGUUAG